GGCAGCCAUCAUGGAGGGACCAUGCGUUCAUGGACCCGCCCACUCCCAAGCAUGCAUCGCCCGCCAUUGUGGCCAUCCUCACCCACCCCUGCUCCAGCCUUCAACUCAAGCUGGACUUCAUAGCACAGGUGGAGCGUCACGGUGUGCCCGUGCAGAAACUGGGUCCCUGCCUACCUUCCUCCGACCCCGGGCACGCGUCGCCGGCCGAGGUGCAGCGGCGGCUGUGCGCGCACCGCUUUGCGCUGCUGUUUGAGGAGCUGGCGCCGCUGCACGUCAUGUCGCGCCACUUCUGGGCCGCGCUGGCGUGCGGCACCGUGCCCCUCGUGCUGGCCAAGGGCAGCAUCGCGCUCUUCUCCCCCGCCGAUAACGCCUUCCUGCAGGUGGGGCGGGGGGACGAGGUGCGGCAGGUGGGGGAGUGGGCGGGGUAUCUGCAGCAGUCGCAGCGUGCCUACAGCGACAUGACACGCUGGAAGGCCGACGUGCCCUCCGAUGCCUUCCUCGCCCUCCUCGACCUCUCCAUCGUCCCGCCUCACUGCCGCCUCUGCAUCCACCUCGCCACCAAGCAACUGGUGGCGUGGGAUGAGAGCAGCACGCGGAAGGUGUGUCGGUGCUGGGAGGAGGCCACCAACACGACCCUCUACCACCUCUACGUGCGCGAGCGUGGCACAUUCGCCUUCCACUCCCUCUUCCUCAAGUCAUCGGAGCUGACCAUGGCGCACCUAGUGCGGGCCAUCUACCGCCUCUACCACCGCUUGGACUACCGCCCGCUCUGGCACGGCCACCGCCCCGACGCGCUGUCGGCAGGCGGGGCAGCAGCGGUGCGGGUGCUGCGUGUGUACCCGGUGGAGUCGUCACAGGAGAUGGUGCUGCAUGGGUCGGGGGCCUUCCGCCGCGACCGCCAGCUGCAGGACUUUGUGGAGGCCACUCCGUGCCCACGCCUUGAAGUCAUCCUCGUGUGA